CUAAUACAAGCCUGUCUUCGCAUAGUCAUCAAUGUCCAUCGCUAUUGCUCCACCCAGGCUGACCUUCAACCUGUCGAGAGGGCUUUGGGUGAUGCCCGUGCUCGUCGCUGUCGCAUGCGGAGCAUACUUGCCUCUGCCUUCGUCGAGCGGAAUGCGUCUCGGCUGGGAAACCAGCACAGGGAGUGAGGAUGGCAGCACUCCCGUCCCGCCAAACAACCCAGUUGAGUUUCCAAACACCAUGGGCACAUGGGGUCAUCCGUUUAUCCAAGCAAACGGAGGCGAUCCGACAGUAGGCAAUUCCACAGCAAGCGGCGCUGUGGAUCAGCAAGCCAUUGGCACCGUCAUUGGAUUGAUCCUGGCCCUGCUGCUGACCCUUGUUGUGACCUACUUCAAGUGUGUUGUUUUUGUCAACCAGAGCGGGCCCGAGUGUGAAUUCGAAGCAUCCCCAACGCCCAUGGGUCUUGCGGACUCCAAGGCUCAAACAGCCUCGCGCGAGCCGCUGAUGGCCAGCGACGGCCAGCUCAAUGCGAGCGGCAGCGUAUUCGAGACAACCAUUGGAUCGUCCGGGUUCGUGCCAAAGUACCAGAUUACAUCCGACGACGAGCACGAUCCUUUCGAGAAGGAAUAGUCGGGUCUUGGCGAGACAGACGAGAAGUGGCACUGCCGCUUGCGCCAGCCCAGCAGAUCGUUAGCUCGUGCUAGGUUCCCUGGUCGAUACCUGACUGGCUCGCUGCCAAUGGCAGCGUUUCCAUCGACGUUCAUAGCGCCGGAUAGAUGCUUGUGUUUCUCGAUGAAAAAGGGGAUGCGCAAGGAACUGUCCCAGCCCACCGUGCCUGGUGGUAUACAACCACAUGCCGCUUCGUAUGACCCAAU